UUGUUCUCGCAACUUGGUCAUAUUGGUAGGAAGACUAAUAGGAAAGUAACUUGUCCUGAGUCCAUUGUAUGCAUAAUUAUUUUCAAAGUCGGACCCUGGACGCGGUACAUUCUCAGACGUUUCGCCGGCAUCGUAACGGCAUCGUCAGUGAGUUUUACCAUUCGUAGCACUAUCUUACAACUCGUCAAAGAGACAAGUGAAGCCGAUCCAUCAGUUUGCCCUAUUCGAGCCCUCUCCGAUGGUCAGCGCUGUCGCAUUAUUUUUGCUUGGCUUUCUCAGAAGGCCCCUCAUUUGCUGCUUCUCGAUGAGCCUACAAACCAUUUAGAUAUCGAAACAAUUGAUUCGCUAGCUGAUGCUAUUAACGAUUUUGAAGGCGGAUUGCUUCUUGUCAGUCAUGAUUUCAGAUUGAUUUCUCAGCAGCAUGUUAAAAUUGUUGAUAUUAAGACCAAGAUGGUUGCCAAGGAGAUCUGGAUCUGCGAGGAUAAAGCUGUGACUCCUUGGAAAGGAGAUAUUUUCAGUUACAAAAGAUAUCUUGUCAAUCGAAUCGAAAAAGAAAUGGCCAAUCAACGACAACUCAUUGAGCGAUGA